ACCGCCAAGAAAGCCGAGCUCAGCAAGAGCGUCCUCCACAGCCGCUUCCAGAGCUGCAAAGCAGCACGAGGGGAAGCAGCGGGAGAAAAAGGAGGUGAGAAUGGGAAUGUCAACGAGGCAAAGGAGUGCUGCGGGGAGAUGGACGAGGAGCAGCAGGAGGUAGCUGGCGAGGAAUUGGUGGAGAGAAGCCGCGAGCAGUCGGCCACGAUGGAACGGCGCGAUGCGACAGAGGAAAAGAACGGCGGCGGCGGCCACAGCGCGGGGCAGAGCGCUCAGCUCCCCUUGCAAGCUCCUUGCGGCUUCAGCUCCUCGCUGUGCUUCAGCUCGCCCGGCGGCGGAGGCAAAGCCCCGCAGCCGGAGCGUGAUGCAGCCUCCUCGUCUUCGUCUUCAUCUUGCGACAGCAGCCGCCGCGUGGUGCACAGCCAGUGGGAGAUUAACAACGCGGCGUCCGAGUCUGAGGAGGAAGAAGGCGACGGCGGGAAAAGCUGCGGCAGUAGCCAGCCGUCCUCCCAGCCAUCCCCCCCGGGCUCUUUCAGCCCCGAUACCGCUCACGCCGCCGGGGAACCGCUGUUCCAGCACCACCGACUGGAUCCGUGCGCCUUUCAGGUGACGGAGGAGGAGCCGGACUUGGUGAUCGAGGUGUCCGGGCGGCGGAUCCGCGCGCAUAAAUCGGUGCUGGCGGCGAAGAGCGACUAUUUCCGCGCGCGCUCUUCGCGGGACAUCCUGCGCGUCAAGGGAGUGAGCUACGGGGCGCUGCGUCUGCUGCUGGAGUACGUCUACACGGGGCGCAUGGGCGAGGUGCGCCACGACAACCUAGCCGAGGUGGUGAGCGGCGCCCGCGUGCUCCAGAUGCCGUGCGCCUUACACUGCGCCGCCGAGGCCAUGAGGGCGCAGCUCCGCCUCGACAACUGCUACCAGCUCCUCAGCCUGGCCAAGAAGCAGCGGCUGGCCGAGCUGCGGGAGGCCGCCUACCGCUUCAUGAGCGACCACUAUCUCCAGGUGCUGCGCGAGCCCGCCGUCUACGGACGCCUCAGCGGCGCCGAGAGGGACCUGAUCCUGCAGCGCCGCCUGGAGGCCGGCAAGCCUUGCCUGCUGGUGGCGGAGGUGAGCGACGCCUUCGAGAGGCUCAGCGCCGGCAGCCGCCCACAAAGCCGGGAGAGCAGCAGGCCCCAGAGCCCCUCCUCUGUGGUAUCCCUGGAUGAGAGCGGCUACCUGCUCUACACCUACCACGAGGCAGCCAAGGAGUGGCGGGUGCUGACCCGCCUGCCCGAGGAGGCCAAUGCUAAGGGGUGUGCCAUGUGCGUACUCUACAACUAUCUCUUUUUGGCGGGUGGCAUCAGCACAGCGCCAGGCGACCAACGUGCCAGGCUCUCUGACAAGGUCUUUUGCUACAACCCCUUGACUGAUACUUGGAGCCAGGUGAAGCCCAUGGGGCAACCGCGUUCACAGCUGAAGCUGUUGGCCCUGGAUGGCUAUCUCUAUGCUGUGGGGGGUGAAUGUCUUUUCACGGUGGAAAAAUAUGACCCCCGGGCAGAUCGGUGGCGCUCAGUGGCUCCUUUGCCUAAAGGUGCUUUUGCCGUGGCACACGAAGCCACCACCUGCAAUGGGGAAAUCUAUGUGUCAGGUGGGUCCCUCUUCUACCGCCUGCUCAAGUACGAUCCCAAGCGGGAUGAGUGGCAGGAGUGUCCUUACAACAACAGCCGGCGACGCUCUGCUGACAUGGUGGCCUACAAGAGUUUCAUCUACCGCUUUGAUGUGAGUGGCAGUCGUGGGGAGCAUGGGCAGGCUGGUGGGGUGGAAGUCUUCCGGUACAAUACAGUGGCCAAGCACUGGAGCCAGUGUGCUUUCUUGCAACCCACCAGCAGCCUGGUGCAGCCGUUCCGCUGUGCUGCCUUGGGCAGCACCAUCUACUGUGUGAACCGGACUGGAAUGCUGUGCUUCAGCCUGUCUCAGAAUGGUGAGGUGGAAGCAGAUGGUGGACUCAAAGGCACCUUUGACACAGAACAGCUCAAAGCCCCGUUUGAUACGAAAGGGGUCCUCCUCCCAUUUGUACUCAUCUUGCCAGAGAAAGAGAAAAGCGGGGAGCCGGAGAGUCCUCUGACAUUGUGAGAACUGAGCUGGCAUUGGGAAUGUCAUGUCGAACUGCAGCUCAUCUCAGUGCUGUGUCCCAUUUAUUGAUGUCAGCAGUACAAGGCCUCUACCAAGGGAAGGGUCAGGGCAGAUGCAUGUUCUCCAACCUUCACUGGUGGUGGCAGCGGUAGAGAUUGGAGCUCCAAAGGCAAUGUAAGCAGCAGAGGCUAAUCCAAGGUGAAAAGUCCCCGCUGACCAAAACAAUCAGAAGGCCACUGUCAGAAACUUAAUUUAUACAUGCAUGCACCACUAUGGAAAAUGAUUAUGGUGUCCCACCUAAAGUGUUGACUAGCUGGCUGUAAACCGUUCAAAGCUCUCUAGUAUACUUCGUGUAGGAAACAUUUCACCUCUUGGCACUUAUAUGAAGCAGUCAAUGAAAAGCUGCUAAAAUAGAUUAAUUGCUGUACAACAUCUGUGCCAUUUUCCAGUCUAGAAGUAUUUUGGAGCUAUAUAUACAAUUCAGGAAAGAAGGAGUUUUAUAAGGAAUUUCAAUUAUGGCAUUGUCCUUUUUUGUGCAUAUGCAUCUUUGCAAGAGGGGACCUUUUUGCCAUGUCCCACUCUUGGGUUUCUUCUCUUGGAUGCUAGUAGUAAAGAGAAGAAGAAGAAAAGCUGCUAGUUAUGGGAGUUCAGUAUACCUUUUAGAAGAUGAACAGGAAAAAACGCUUCAUGUGUCAGAAGCAGUGGAGGAUCAGCUGGGCCACUGCAUCCUCCCCACUUUUUUCUUUUUUAAAGUUUAAUGGAGUCUUUAUUGAGGACAUGGCAUUGCACAGUCUUAAGAAGUUGCAGAUGCAGUACAUGAUUUAACAGAAGCCAGAUUUAAAAUUUUGAAACAAGUUAAUGUCUCCCAUAUGGAUAUACCAGGAGUGGAGGGUGCCCUGUAUGUACGUGUUGGGAAAUAGAGAUUAACUAAAACAAAAAAAUCAAUGCCUAUUCUAUUUGAUUUUUGUUACAUUUUUUAAGUCAUGCAUAUAUGUGUGUGUGUGUGUGUGUGUGUGUGUGUAAUGAUACAUCAGAAUAAUCAGUUUUGGUCUUAACAUACUCUGAUGCUUUUCAGUCAUGGCUUUGUAUUGUAACUGGUACAUUCAAAUCUUGACAAAUUGGUAAGAAUGGACAUACCAGUGAAUUCUUCAUAGGGGAGAUUUUUGUUUGUUUAAGAUUGCUGCUGUUAACUGCAAAUCAACACAAGUCAAAGAAACCCAAACUGUGGUUUACUUGAAGCUUAUUACAAACACACUUAAUAUAAUUCACUUCUGUGUCCAGAACCUUUUAACAAGAGCCAGCUCCUCCAGUGUUCACAUAAGGAAACGAGACAUUUGUUAGAGAAGGUGGUUUCCAUUCUGCCCUGGCAGCACCCUAGGUUGCCAAAGAGUGAUUUAUUGUAGUUAAUAAUUCACUUGUCAAGUUCAUUAUAUACAGAGAGGCCAUAUUUUUUUUGGUUUUUAUUCUAAAUCUUAUGCUGAGUAAUUGCUUACCAGACAGCACAUUCUGAGAAGAACACCAGCCUUCAUGUUUGCAAGAAGUUAGAGCAUAUUGCUUUCCAUGUUAUGUGGAUUGGCAUUGAAACAGUUAUUUUCAGUUACAAUUAAAAAUUUGACUUAAGUUCUUUAAGCUUGCAUAAGAAAAAAACCAACCCUGCUGAGGCUAACACAGGAGGUUUGCGCUAGCUCAGUGAUUUUUUUGGUGUAUUUUCCUUUGAACCCCUAACCUCCUUUCAGUUUCAAAAGCAGUUUGCCCUGAUACAUGUGGAGGAAAGCAAGCCCAAAGCCCCCCCCCCUUGGACUUGGGAACUAUUUUCAUGGUUCUUUGGAUCCUAGCCUCUGAGUUUUAUGGGUCAUAUUCUAGUUUGUGUUAAUACUGACAAGACGAAGUGGAAAUAAGACCCAAUGGGGAUUUAAUAACAAUUUAAAAAGUGAACCACUCACUUACUCUUGGAAUCUAUCUGAUCUUUAUCCCAUUCGUCCUUCAAGGAUUCCCCCCCCCUUUUUAAUUCAGCAACACUGUGAGAUAGAUCAGGCCAGGUGUGGGGAACCUUUGGCCCUCGAAGUGUUGCUGAACUACAACUCCCAACUUUCUUGGCCAUUGGCCAUGCUUGCUGGGGCUGAUGGGGGUUAUAGUUCACCAACAUCUGGAGAGCCUAUGGUUCCUCAUACCUGGGUUUGGCUACGAAACAUUGACUAACCACGAUCUUCCAGUAACCUUUGUGACUACAUGGGUAUUUAAACCCAUGGUUCCUUGCUCAAAGCCCCACACUAUAAACAUCACACUGGGUCUCAAAUGCUCGGAGAGGCAUAUUGCCUUUCAUCCUUUUAGUUUAGCCUUCCAAUCAUUAAAUAUUAAAAAUGUGCAUUUAGUUUGCACACGCACAAAGAUUAAUUUGUCACUGAAUAUUUUUUGUUUCAUAUUAAUUCAGAGAAACAUUUAAAAACAGUUCCUAGGGGUGCGCUGUACUGCUGCAGGCAAAGCAUCCAGUCAUAGAAGUUUCCUAUGCACCUGUGGGGGCUGCUUUCCCCCUUUCUCCCCCCAUGAAUGUUCACAGCAUGUACAUAUGCAGUACAGGGGAACAUUGCAGUGGGCACACAUCCCAUAUCCUCAUCCUACUUUCCCUCUGCCCAAUACAAGUUCUUUGUGCACAGAAGUAACUUGUAUAGAGACAUAAGGGAGGCAUGGAUGGAUGCUUGUACAGACAUCUUUUAGAAUUGUAGAGUUGGAAUGGGCCAUCGAGUCCAACCCCCUGCUCAACCCAGGAAGCCAACUUAAAGCAUACCCGACAGGUGGCUGUCCAUCUUAUAAUCUCAUUCCUUUUAGCAUCCUGCCAUGCUGCCUUUGUGCACACAGGGAAGGGGGAGGAGAAGCAGGGCUCUAUUAAGCACUAUUGGAAUCUUCAACAUGGAUUCAAUAUUUCUAAGGAUUAUUAUUCAAUUAAUAUUUGACCUUUAUGCUGGGAAGAGCUGUUUAAAACAAAUAACUUCAAAGAAGGGCCAUGUACAAUGAUUCUAUUAAAAUGCGACUUUUGUUUUUUGCAAAAUGCUAACAUUUAAAACCAUUAUUUCCAAUGAAAGCAGCCGAUCUUAUAAGAAAAGGCAUUUUAGUGGUGUGAAAAUCACAUUUAAAAAAAUCAUUCUACAAUGUUAAAAAUGGUUGGCACAGUAGUGAAAUGUUUAGGCAUUCUGUUUUUAAACUAGUAAGAACUGCAGGAUGGAUAGCUGUUAAAAUUGAUCCUAAACUUUGACACUCACUCCAUAGAGUAUUGGGACAACCCAUAAAAGCACCGAGUAGUUCAUUUGCUUCUGUUUAUUUAUCCGAUUGCAUACUUCCUCCUUGGUCAAAAAGGUUUUUACUCCCAGUGCCAUUGGCUCUUUUUAUUAUUAAAAAAAGUGAAAGUAAAAAUAAAUCUGUGUUAGGAACUGUUUUGGUGAAAUGGACACACAAUAUUCAUACCCUUCAAAUAUUUAGUGGCAAUUUAUUCCCCACCCCCAACCUGCUAAGUACAGGAGUCCCUCAUUGCCUAUCCCCCUUUUCAGCUCUCCUGUGCUCUGAAUGCUGCUGUUUGCAGGGCAGGGUAGGUGAGUGGACUGCAUGCCUAAUGGAAGGCGUAGAGGACUGCCAGGACCGCCCCCCAAAUGUUUUCCAGAGUGGAGCGUAAGACCAAAACAAGAAAAAAAAGAUUGAAACUAUAUUAUAAAAUUAUAUAAUAUGCAUAGAGGCAUCUGAUCCAGCUCCGAUGUUCUGUAUGGAUCAAUUAAAAGAUUAUUCUGUGCCACAAGCAAAAAGAUGAAAAUAAGAUGUUUCAUGUUAGUGCCAAACUGUAUGUGACCUUAACUGCAUAGUUAUGCCCUUGAGUGCAGGGUGGGGUAGGGUUUUUUUUUUGCAAGAA